AUGGAAGCCUGCGCCGUCAUAGUUGCGCCUUCGAGCGCUUAUAGUGACUCUGCAUUAGGCCGUAUCGAUACAGCCAACAAUGAAGAUGCCGUUAUGUCGCAAGAUGAGGGUAGCCGCUGGAUCAAACUUCCUGAAGCCUUGUUCUCAUCUAUCAUGUCGGUAGACCCCCAGUUCAACCCCCAGUACCAAGCCUCAAAAGUUCUUUCGGAUGAUUGGCUACAGAAGGUGAUGAAGAUGGACGAGGAGACAGCAACGGUUUGGCGGAGAUUGGACAUCUCUUACAUGAGUGCCAUAUGCGCCCCGCACGCCGAUCUCGAAACAUUGAAGUUAAUGAAUGACUGGAAUGGUUGGGUAUUUGCUUUCGACGACCCUUUUGAUGAAGGUGACUAUACAAGUAACCACAUGAAAGCAACAGAGGAAGUUUUGUGGACCCUGUCGAUUUUAGAUAAUGUCCAUCCCAUAAUCUCCGCAGAAGACCAUCCGAUCAGACACGUACUGCAGUCAUGUUGGCUGCGAUUCCAGCAGCGGGCAAGUCCCGCGCUGCAGUACCGCUGGAAGCAAUACUUGACGUUAUAUUGUCUUGGUGUACUUGAACAGGUUGAUUUUCAGCAAAGAGCGACUAGACCAACAGUUGACGAAUAUAUGAACCUUCGCGCGCGUUGCGUCGGAGCCUUGCCGUGCAUUGGUCUCAUGGAGUAUGCGGAAGGAAUUGACCUGCCCCGGCAUGUUGUGGAAGAUGUAUCGUUACAGGCGAUUACGCGGAUCACGUGUGAUCUGGUUACAUUGCAAAACGAUGUGUUCUCAUAUCGAAAGGAUCUUAUUAAGGGCGAGGAUAGCAACAUAAUCUUUAUCUUUAAAGAUCAAGGGUUGACCGAUCAAGAGGCUGUAGAACGAAUUGGCGAAAUGCUUUAUGAUUGCUACAACAAAUGGCGCGAUGCAGUGGCGAAUGUACCUUCUUGGGGUGAUGAAAUUGACGAAGAAGUCAAGAAGUUCAUCGGCGGCUGCCAAAAUCUUGCUCUUGGCAAUCUCCAUUGGAGCUUUUAUACACCAAGAUAUCUGGGAACAGAUGGCGAACAGGUCAAGCAAACGCGUAUGAUAAAGCUGCCAUAA